GGUUACCAGCUACGAAGCGUGAUCUGUGCUAACGACUCUCGGACGGCAGCUAAACAUAUGUUUGCAAAUAACAGCUCUGUUUCCGUUCUCUGUGGCAGGACUCGGCAACGGCUGGAAAGAAGGGCCAAUGACUGCAGAUGAUCGAAUGGGCGAGGAUUGGCAGAUAUACAGCAAUGACUUUGCCGCUUCAUAUGUAGGAAUAUGUCACUGAUGAAGAGCGUGUAGUGCUCUAAGUGGGUGACACUGAAAACAGACAUGAGAAUACUAUCACUGUGGUAGUGUAACUCGGCGAACAUUUUGGAUAUGAUUCUAUCAUUCAUUAGUGCGAAUGUUGAGAAUGUCGUGUAACUUGUGCUGACGUUCCAAGGCGCCUCGCACCGUGGUAGUGACCCCAGAGAUUCCCAAAGGCGGACGGUGAGGUGGGAGUUGCAUGUGACCGGGCGGCAAAUGCGCACGAGUCCGCGCGCGAUGGUCUUGAGACAGGCGCUAUUGGCGACGGUGGCGUCUGCGGCGCUGUUGGUCUACAUCUGCGCAUACUACGUGUCGGACACGCCCCCGCUGCCGGGGCACCGGCUGCCGCGCGACGUGGUCUUCUGGCAGGACGAUGAGGCGGCGGCGAAGGAGCCGUACGUGUACCGCUUCUCCAGCUACAACGACCACUUCCCGGGCGUCGCGCUGUCCGAGGUGAGCGUUCAGUGCCUGCCGCGAGGCGCCGCCACAGUGCGCUCUGGCGGCCGCCUCGGGAACCUCAUCAUGGAGUUCGCCUCCUUGUGGACGGCUGCGCGCCUCUACAACCUCACCGCCUUCGUCCCGGCGCAGCUGCGCGGUCGCCUCCGCCAGGUGUUCGAGCCGUUCGGAGUGCCAGAGACGUACGAGUUCCUGUCGCAGUCCGGGUGCCCCGAGGAUACCAUGGAGGAGGUGGACCAGCGCGUCUUCAAGGUCGACCUGGAGAGGCGGCCGCUGUCAGAAGUCGUCGCGCGGGCUAAGGAGCUGCACUUGCCCAUCGUCUUCGAGAUAUGCAUUAUCCUGCCGGAGACGAUAGUUCCGCUGGCCGCCGAAGUGCGUCGCCACUUCCGCUACCAGCCGAGGCUGCGCAAGUACGCCGACAACAAGCUGCGGUCGCUCAGGAGGAGCGUCGUCAAGGCCAAUCCCGACGUCAAGGAGGUGGUGUUUGCGGGCGUGCACGUGCGGCGCACCGACUACGCGGACCAGCUGCAAUUGCUCUACAACACGGACCAGCAGGCGGACGAGCGCUACUACGGCCGUGCCGCCCUGUGGCUCCAGUCCACGGUGGUGCCGCCGGGCGGCGAGCUGGUGCUGGUGGUGGCGUCGGACGACCCCGACUGGGUGCAGGACGUGCUGCUGCCGCACCUGCGAGGCCUGGGCCUGCACCACAGCUUCCUGGCUGGAGACGGCAUGUUGGAGGAGCCUGAGCGCGACCUGGUGCUACUGUCGGCCUGCAACCAUUCCAUCUUCGCCUACGGCACUUUCGGUCUCUGGUCGGCGCUGAUGACCGGCGGCCGCGCUGCCGUCUACCAUCUGAACGAAGGAGACGCCGUGUCGCCAGCCAUGCAGUUUGCACAGCACAUUCCUGGCUGGGUCGCCAUUUCACAGUGAGGAUCCCAAGACGGCAGCCCUUAUGGGUGGCUGGCAUGCCACCGCUAGAUCCACAACUGCACCAUCUCGCCUGUCAUACAGUUCGCCAAGCAUACGCUGGGCUGGGUUGCUGUCUUGUACUGAGAAAACCAAAGCAGCGUCUCUGACAGACAGUGGGUCCACAGCCCUCUACAACUCGCCACAUAGUUUGUGCAGCAUGUCCCUUAUUAGGUCGCCAUCUUCCAAAGAGGUUCCUAAAAUGGAGGCCCUCGUGGCCAGUGCAGAAACACCAUCUCGCCAUCAUGCAGUACAUACAGCACAUUCCUGGUAGGAUUACCAUUAAGGAACGAAAGAUGGCUGUCAAGAGGGUAGUCCAUUGUUGGACAGUACUGCACCGGGUGAUGAUGAUGCAGUCUCGUGCUCGAGUUUAUGUGGCAGUGACAAGUAAAUGCAAGUGCAGAUAUUACAGCUAAAGUGCAAUGGCGCAAUUACAAUACCGUUCUACGACUCAGCUUAUCUCUCUGUGUUGCAACCACCUGAUGUAUUAUUGUUUCACACUUUCUAAAAUAGUCCAGGCUUUUGUGCUGUGAUCAAACGAAUUUUUUCGAGAAAUUAAUUCAAACAGGGAACCCCACAAUACUUUAAUAUGUGUGACAUUUUAACUGUGAAAGUUUAAAUUUCACGAUGUUUGUUGUUUAUAUAUUGAAAUGUUUCUUAACCACUUUUUUAUUUUCACCAUCAGGAAAACGAUGGCCAUUUUGAGACUCAUUUUUUGCUCUGACAGGUUCAAGAGUAAUUUUACUGCUGUGAAGCAAAACGCACACCUCCUCAAAUGUCGAUCACCACUGUAUUUUCUGUUUAUGAUGCUAUUGGAGACGGUAUAUCACUGCUUUUCUCUGAGGCGACCUGUUAGUAAUGGGAUGUACAGUUUGAUGCUUGGCAUUUUUACGUACACACAACACUGUCAGAAGUGAAGGUAGUUCUACAUUUCAGAAGAAAUAGUUGGUUAACCGGAAAUUGCACAGUCCUAUACUUACACAGAAAGCCACCAAGUAUCAUCGGUCUACUAGGCAAGUUUAAUUAUCGCCUGAGCAAAGCGUGUGCGUAGGAUGAGGGCAGCAAUGUACUGUUUUUUGAUCCAAAAGAACUCUUUGUGCAGCGGCGUUCAACUUAGAGGUAGCCUGUUCGAAUCUUAGUAGUGAAGAACUUUUCACCACCAGUAUUUGGCAAGUAAGGAGAAGCCAGGUGGUGAUGUAAUGUUACCAAUCCUCAGACUCUAUUCUGUAGGCAUAAGAUAAAUUCUGUACUAUAUUAUCUCGUGAGAGAGAAACCUCCAUUGUACUAUUCAACAGGAGCAGUCUGUGUACUGACACCUCAACUCAUGUUGUCCAUUCUCCCAUCAUCAUACAACAGCAUUACGGCACUACACCAUAUGCGCAUUCAUAGUCAGCACCAGGGACAGUUUAUGUGCAAGUAGCCCAAAUCGCAUGAAUCAAAGAAGGCUUGCACCAGAAUAAGAUCAUCAUCACAAUUCUUUCAUCCAUGACUCCAAGCUGGAUCCGAGAAUUUCUCCACUAAGGAACUGGGAGAAGUGAUGUUAUUUCAUUAUCAUCGAAGUGCAAGCCGCCGACGUGGCAUCAAACAGAAAAACUUGCUGUAGGUGGCUGAACUACUCCAAACAAGGGUCUUCUGGCCAAUAAUGCCAUGUGAUAAUUUUUCAUCAUUCUUUCGUGAGAAAUGACUGCAGAAAAUCAGGGAAAAUGAAAAUCGCAACAGAAAGUAUGUUUUACAAUCUCUAUUAUUCUACUCUCUGAAGAAGGAAUGUUCCAGGCUCAAAUUGGGCUUGCUUUGGGUAUAGAAUCGGAACAACCACACCUCUCUUCAGAGACUGGAAAGAGUUGCCAUCAUAAGCAAGGCAACGCCCUGUCGAUUUGUAGUCUCUUAGGCAGAAGUGGCAAAUUUCUUAAACAGCUUCCAGAGAGCUUUCGUUCCAAAAACAAUCCCAUGGGGUUUAGCUAAGUGAUUUCUCCAAAAUUAUCUAUUCUUCCAUAAGUCCUAUCCCGCAAGACAGUCAGGAGAACUGUGAAGUUUGGAAGGCAGCAGAGGGGUACUGGCGGAAGUAAAGCUGUUAAAGGCGGAUCGUGAGUUGUGCUUGGAUAGCUCAGGUGGUAGAACACUUGCCUGAGAAAGGCGCCGGAUUCGAGUUCUGGUCCGGAACACAUUUUUAACCUCCCAGCAAGUUUCUUAGCUUCUUAUAUCGCAAUAAUAGCCAACCACAAGAAAGUACGGCGGAAGAAAUGCAUACCUCUCUCAAAUUUUAUCUCGUGAUCUGACAUACUGGUUCUAUUCCAGUUGCAAGUUAUGUGCACGCAGUCAUGAGUUAUUUUCUAUUUAUCGCAUGGGAAGCUUACAAAGCGCUUACCUAAGUUACUUCUGUCCAGGAAGCUGUGAAGGAUUUCAAAUGAUAAGCCCAAAUAAUCCACAUCACCAUCUGUAAAAUGGGCAUAUGUCUUCUAAAAGACAUUGGACGUUAAGUGAUGAAAACAUAAGGUUCAGUGUGAUUUCCAAGCCAUUAACCGUCUAUUUUUUUACUGUACUCGUUUCUGUGUCUUUCCUCUCUCUUCUGUCUUUGUAGAUUCUCCCAAAAUACCAAAAUCACAGUGUUGCAAUAACAUUUAAAUAACGACUUUUCCCCUACACUAAAAUACAAUUGACUUAAUACUUGAGAGGUCCUUACGUUUUGAGCACACUUAAUGACAGGACGUCUGCCUCUAUUCGAAUACUCAGAGUUAAGUCCAGUACGGUGGAGUUAAGAAAGAAGAAACACAGCAAAGAUAAAAGACGAAUGAGAAACCAAUUUCUCCUUACUUUUUCAAAAACUUUUGUGGGGCGCUGUGUAUCAGCGAUCGAAAUGUGUUAAUUUAUUUAUCUAAUUGUGUUUUUUAUUUCAGUUUAGUUUGGCACGAAGAUUUUUGGAGAAUGUGUGUGAAUAAACAUUAUCUUCCAAGCUAUUUGAAAGCAAUGUUGGCACACUUUCUGCCCAGCCAAAAACUAUUACGACGAAAUGGUUAUUAAGGGUAUUAUUAGUGUGAGUUCAACAUGCUGCCUUUAAGGGAACAGGUCAAAUGAUGUAAACGGCGGUGUAAUUGACGUACAACUUUGUUUUUAUUGUUAACUUUAGUUUUGUAUAAUAGUGCGAGUGUCAUUGUCAAGGAGGUUUAUAUCGUAAUUUUAAGCAAGGUGCACUUUCUAUGUUAAUGAUUAGGUUAAGCAAUACAGAAAUAACUGGACAAUUUGUAUCGCAAGUGUGAGAGACAACAGAAUGCCGAAUUAAUAAUGAAGUGUCGCAUCAGUGACAGAGCAUCAGAUGAAUAUGAUAAGUGAUGGACACAUCAAAAAUCAAAUACAAAUAACAGAAGGGUGGAAAAGAGGACUAAACAUGCCGAAACGUAGGACGUAAAGAAGGAAGAAUUAUAACACACUGACGGCUGGCGGAAACGUUUGACAGAUUUACCACACAUAAAUGUUCCUUAAAUAUAGAAGUACCUGUUCUUUCAGAAACGAGAGAGUGUAAUUGUUUUUAGUCACCGUUCCUAUUGUUAAUGUUUGAAAUAAAAGUGUUGUACGAUG